AAGUAGAGAAAGGAUCUGACGUGGUGCGCUUUGAAUGGAGUAGUGGAGAAUUAACGAAAUUCAUGCGUGUCAGGCUCGGUCGGUUUUUCCGACAAUACGAAGAAGAAUUGUCAUUGCAAAUGUGAUUUUUUGUGAAUUAAGAGUGAUUUUUACAAGAAUUCUAUUGUGUUCGAUAAUUAAAACUGUAAAUAAUAUAUAGAAAAAAUGAUUUUAUUAACAAUGAUAGCGAGGAUAGGUGAUGGUUUACCACUGGCUGCCACUAUCCAGGACGAUGAACAGAGUGGAAGAAAUAUUCUAGAAUUUCAAAAUCAGGCAAAGAUGUUAUUUAGAAAACUUGGACCACAAUCUCCUUCUAGAUGUUCAAUCGAAACUGGACAAUAUCUUUUUCAUUAUUUAAUAGAAAAUGACGUCUGCUAUUUGGUUCUCUGUGAAAGACAUUACAGCAAACGUUUAGCUUACAGUUAUCUCGAAGAUAUAGCACAAGAAUUCCACUCUCAGUACGGAAGAAGAGUAAACACUGUUACUAGACCUUACACAUUUAUAGAAUUUGACACAUACAUUCAAAAAGCAAAAAAGACAUUUUCAGACAGUAGAUCAAGAAGAAAUAUGAGCGCAUUGAACAAUCAACUUCAAGAUGUACAAAGGAUAAUGGUUCAAAAUAUAGACGAUGUACUGCAAAGAGGAACUGUUCUCUCGGAAUUGGACUCAAAGACGCAGAAUUUAUCGAUGCUUUCACAAAAAUACAGAAAAGACGCAGCGCAUUUAAACAGUAAAUCAAUGUACAUAAAAGCAGUUGCCGGAAUUGUCGCAUUACUCGUCUUCCUAUUAUAUUUCUUUAUUCUUUAGUUCAACAUUCACACCAAAGGCCUAAAAAUUUCAUUUAAAAAAAAAAAUAUUGUCUCAAAAAUAUGUAAUAGCCUUUAAAAGCAACAAUAUCGAAUUGUGUAUUCUCUAAAUACAUAUUUCCAAACACGUUCAAAAAUAGGAGAAAAGAAGAAAAAAAGACGAACGAAAAAACAAAGAAUUUUUCAAAAAAAACUUAUUUUUCCCAAUUUUAUUUCGAAAUUUUAAGACUGUAAAUCUAGUGAUAAUUGUGACAAUUUUCGUAACAUUCUCAUGAUUUUAGAAAUUAAUAAUAAUCACACAUUUCAAAUUCUUAAACGCUUUUUUUCUCAGUGAACAAAAUUUUUUAAACCGAAUGUUUCAGUUUAAAAUCAAUUUUCACAAAAAAGUGUUUUUAAUUCGGUAGAUAAUCGUCUUUUUUUUUGCAAAAAGCAAUUUGAUAAUUUUCCUGUAUUAAAAUUAAUGAUUGUAUUCGAUUUUCUUUUACAAUUCAUUAAAUCGAUGUCAAAUGAUAAUUUAAUGUAAUAGUAAUUAAACUUGUUAUGUAUUUAAUUAUUGUGGGGCUUUAGUUAGUUUACACCGGUUGCAAAUCUAUGUUAGAACAAUUUUUUUUUUAAUUUCAGGGAAGAAAGGAGGGAAUUUGUAUUAUGUUAUUUUUGUGUAUAUCUGUAUUAAUUCAAUUAAAUAUUUACAAUAAAAAAAAAAUAGAAAAUGCUAAAGUUCAUUAA